CGCCAUGGCGGCGGCAGCGGGGCCGCGCGGCGCCGGCCUGGAGGCCGCGGUGCGGGGCGGGCUGCGCGCCCUGCGGGAGCGCUGGGUGCGGGGCUCCCGCCACGGCGGCGCCGCGGCCGCGCCGCGCCCCGCGGCCCCGGACGGCGCGGAGGGAGAGAGCGCCCUGCAGACGCUGCCGAUCGACGUGCAGCUGAACAUCAUGUCCUUCCUGUCGCCCCAGGAUCUGUGCCGCCUAGGAUGCACGAGUUGUUACUGGAGGGCAGCUGUGCAAGAUCCGUUGUUGUGGAGGUAUUUUCUCCUGCGAGAUCUCCCCUCUUGGACAUCUGUUGACUGGAAAUCACUUCCAGAUCAGGAAAUUUUUAAUAAAGCCUUUUCAGAAGUCAGCGACAAUGCACUGUAUGAUUACAUGGCAGUAUAUAAAAGGAGCUGUCCUCAGGGUAGAAGAAGUUUGAAAUCGAGCCGUCCCCGGUAUGGGGCUGUGACUUCCUUUUUGCAAUCACUGGUCACUCAGGCAGAACCUCGCUUUGCUAUGUUUGGGCCAGGUUUGGAAGAGCUGGACAACUCUUUAGUACAAAAGAUGAUGACAUGCCCAGAAAUUCUGCUGGUAGCUGGCCUACCUCAUAGACAAAUUCAUGGAAUUGGAUCAGGAGUCAGUUUUCAGUUUAACAGUCAAAAAUUCAAUAUUGUGACACUGUAUUCCACCACAAGUGUGGAAAGGAGGAGAGCAAGGGAGGAGCAAGCUGUUGCUGUGAAUAAGAUGUUUUACCAAGAGAACAGUACAGAAGGGAAUCAGCAAGCCAUGCACUACAGUGUAAUAGAUCAAGUGAAAAAGGUGUGCGAAGUGGUUGAUGGAUUCAUUUAUGUUGCUAAUGCAGAAGCUCGGAAAGAGCAUGAUCGUCAGGAGGAGCUGGCUCGUAUUUUGGCAAUGAUUGAUCCAGCCCUCGGGCCUUCCAACAGACCUCUGCUGGUUUUGUCCUGUGUGUCUCACGUUGGUGUGAAAAGAAUUCCGUGUGUUUACGUGGCACAUCAGUUGCAACUAAAUCGGCUGCAUCAGCCCUGGAUGAUGCAGGACACUGUAGCUGCAACUUUAGAUGGAUUGCUAAAUGGAAUUGAGUGGCUCUUGGAAGAAGCAAAUUGUAAAAGUGCUCAGUAAUAGAAUUAGGCAUUGUUGCAUUAUAUAAACCUUUUGGUGUUUCCAGUUUCAGCUGAAGUAAGACUCUUGUCCUUCCUGCCGCAGUACUGUCAGAAGGGAAAACUAAAAGGCAAACCUGCAUAUAUUUCACUGCACAUACUUAAAUCCUUAACAUUUUUCUGACUAUUGUCCUGAAUUAGAAGUACAAGUCAAAUUGCCUGGAUUCCAGCUGCAAUGAAAAAGUGAUUUGGAGGGACAAUCUGAGUGUUUUGUUGUUUUUCUCUCCUUUCAACCAGAGGCCUUUAGAGUACAAGCUUUUCCAAUAUAUCUGAUAUAUAUCAUAAAUAUAUAUGUAACACUAUGUUAGUUUAUCGGCACAGCCCUAUAACGCAUUUAGUAAAUAUAUUCAGUGGAGAUCUUUUGAGUGACACUUCCUGACCAAAGAAAACAUACUGUACGUUGUUCAUUAGGAGAUUGACAGAAAGACAGUAACUCCUGAUUUCAGAAAAGUGAGUUCCCCUGUAUUUUUCUAGAAAAAAUGCCUAGACAAAAAAUAGGGGGGGGAUUUUCAGCCCAGAUCAAUUGUCUUAGAAGCAAACAAACACUGCUGCAUAUGAACUGUUGUUUCUUUGUUGUGAUUGUACUUACUAACCAACCACGACAGACUUCAGCAUCUUUUGCUUUCUGUUGCACUGAUAUCAUUAGUUUGAACUGGAUAUGCCUCUGAUUCAUGAACAAAUGUUAAAUGGGAUCAUUCAGGACUUUAUUGCACACAUAGACUAUAAAAUUUUCCAAAUAGUUGUGGCCAUUUGCAGAUGUGAAUUACACUUGUCUUGAAAUUUUCUACACAGUUGCAAAUAGUUUUAUGAAAAGCAAAGCAGCAUUUUAAAGCUAGAAUUUUUCAUAUUGAUGUCAUUGGGGAUAGUCAUAGUCUUCCACCUUUUUAUGUUUUUAUUAUUGAGUGAAUGUCCAGAAACUUCACCUGGAUUUCUUGCCUGAGCAUUUAUUUGCUUUAUUCUGGGCUUCUUUUUCUUUCUCGUAUCUUCAUGAAAAUUCAGCUGUCUCACAAUUUUUUCUUGGUACCUCGAUAAAUGAUUGCAUGGCGCACGUACAGCUAUAACUGCUCUCAAUCUGGGAUACUUGACUGAUGAUCAACACAGCUAUGUAAAAAACAUUCCAUUUAAGAAGAUAAUUGGGAUUUUUUAAUGAAGUAGAAAGUAUCUCUUUUUUUAAUCUUUAUGUGCAAUUACUUCAUCUUUCUAGAUACUUUUUUAUGUAUCCUAAUCAGAGUCACAUGGGAAUUUCAAGGGAAAAUUCAAAGUAAUAUACAAUAUUACAAAGGAAUUGAAAGGAAUAUAUAAUGAAUAUUCUGUGGUUUACUUUUUUUUUUUUUUUUUUUAAUAGUAUAUGUGUGUUUGGGCCUUUAAAAUAGAGCAGAUGCAAUGGAUUUAUGAGUGUUUGGGGUAAAAUUCCAUGCUUUGUGACUGGGUGUAUGUGAUUUUCCUCCUAAUCGCAUUGAUUUCAUAGUGGUCUGUAUGUAGGGGAUUGCAGCAAUCUGAUUGCGUUAGCUACUACGAAUUUGGGGAGGUUAUGGAAGAUCCUCUUUUUACUUUCUUCAUAAGAAAUAAAUAAUUUUUUAAAGAAUGAUAU